UCUUUAUAUAUAUACCAAUAUUUUGCAGGUUUCAUCCUUCUUGUAUGGGUAUGACUAUUGAAGAAGCAAAGAAAUUGGAGCACUUUAUGUGUGCUGAAUGUUCUUCUGAUGAUGAUGCAAAACGAUCCUUAAACUCAUUCCCAGUAUCGCCAUCUGUUCAGACUAAGGACUUGAGUUUGAAAAGGAUUUUUGGCAAGGGCUAUGAGUGUGAUGGGCUACACUACUUUGGGGAUCUACCGGAUGAGCCUUCCUCUUCUUCCUUAGCUAGUUUUCUGACCUCUGUUUUGUCUGCUUUCAUGUCUUGUGUUUUUAAUAUUCAAACUUUAGAAUUAUGGCACGCUCGUAUGGGUCAUGUUAAUUUUUAAUAUUUAUGUCAACUUUUUCCCUCAUUUAAUAAAGCUUGCAAAGAUUCUAAGUUUCA